UAGGUACCUAGGUCGCAUAAGGGGAAACAAGAGCUUGACUCAAUGCGGGUCAUUAAGUUCGAUUCACUUGUCUUGCAACAAGUCUGCAAGUCUAAUUCCUUACAUUAAAGCUGUUUCUUCUCAAGUUCGUGAUAGAAUAUUAAAGAUACUUUAUGCUACACAUAAAGACAUCAUUUUAUGAGAUAUAGCUACCUGCAUAAGGUCAAAGAAAUACAGAUCAAGCUAAGAUGACUACUGAGUCCGAUUGGAGAAGUUCUCUCUCCUCUUCUGAUCGAUACGACAAUAUUCAGGCCAUAAAAGCUGCAUUAGAGAAGGCAAACACCUCAAUAUCUCAGUCGAACGCUUUUACUAUUGAAAAUGAGGCUUACAAGAUCUCCGCAUCCCGGGCUGAAUAUGAUGAAACAUGUCGAAAAAUACCUGGUCAAGAGACAUCGACACCGACUCAAGCACUAAAUGCUUCUACAGAGCAGGAUGUCCCUCAAUCACCUGGUAUCACCAUAGGGUCAUAUCGAAAUUGUCACUAUGUCGCCAGCGGAGUCACCGCCGAGGUUUAUCGCUCUAAGGCAGUGGCCCUAAAAGUAAUCGUUGAGACCCGCAACAUGGAACCCCACGAUCCUUUCAGAGAAGCCAGGAUCUUGGAGCGGCUAAAGAAGCCAUGUAUUCCUCUUCUUGAGACUUUCCGAGACCAAGAACAACGAUUUACUCUAGCGUUCCCGUUUAUGCCUAUGAGUCUUGAGUCCCUUAUUGAGAAAGGGACUAUACCAAGGAACCGCGUACGAAAACACUUCACGGAAAUUUUCAAGGCUCUAGAUUAUAUCCAUCAACAAGGUAUUAUACACAGGGACAUUAAACCUUCCGCGAUUUUACUCGAGUCAAUUGACGGCCCUGCUUAUCUUUCUGAUUUUGGAACGGCUUGGCAUCCGGAGUUAUCGGUGUUCACGGAACCUGCCGACAGCAAAAUAUUAGACAUCGGCACCGGACCGUAUCGUUCACCUGAGGCGUUAUUUGGCGACAAAUCAUACGGAACCUCGGUUGAUAUGUGGGGGGCUGGGACUAUGCUCGCCGAAUGUUGUCGCAAUACACCCCGCCCGCUUUUCGAGUCUCGCGCUGCUCAUGAAGAUGGAAAUCAACUUGGCUUAAUAUUAAGCAUCUUCAAGACUAUAGGAAGCCCUACUCGUGAGUCGUGGCCCGAGGCAGCGACCUUCAAAACGCCUCCAUUCGACAUGUACCAAGUUUUCGAAGGCCAAACUUGGGAGAAUAUCUUACCAGACGUAGACGAGGACUUCCGUGAGCUUAUUGUCUCGUUAGUAGUCUACAAUACGAAAAUUAGAGCUACUGCUGCUCAGGCAUUGCGAUUUAAAUGCAUGCUUGACCCAAUCCAAGAAUAGGCUUGUAAGUUAUAAGUCGAGAAGCAUUUACACUAUUUCGGCUAUCAUCGGCAACCCGCGAAGCCAUAUCAUUAUAUAUACAUGCGAAGGAAUUCCAAAGUCAAUUCGGCCCAGGAACUCUCAAAUAGGCCUAUUCUGGAGUCUUA